CAUUGACUCUCUCUAUGUCUUACAGAUGUGUUUGUUUUGUGCCAAACACUACAGAAUAUAACACUUUAUAACACUUUUUGUUAUUCAUUGAAUACUGAAUCAAACAUAACAUAACUCUUCGCUAAUAAUAUUAUUGACGAUUGUAUUGACCAAAAAAUACUAAUAUUUCUCAUUUCGCAAACAAUUAUAUCGUUUUUCGGCCAAACAUUUGACUCGUAUUUAUAAUUACAACGAAAACAGUGGUUGUGUUUUGAGAGCCAUAUUAAACGCCUCAAGAAUUGUGAAUGAAUCACAUUUGGAGAUCCAAUCCUCUCGUUAACCAUGUCUUCAGAUAACAAUAAUAAUAAUAAUAAUGUAAACCAAUUGCGGCUCCAAUUGAGUCCAUUCCGGUUGGCAUCGGAGGUGAGCCCCGAGUUGGCCGACAUUAUUGAGAUCGAUAGGACGCUAUACACCCAUUGGGCGAUAUAUGUGGGCGACGGACAAGUGGUGGAUGUGGUCGGAGAUCUCGACAACGAACUGCCCGACGCCGAAGAGGCCAUUGUUCGCCAGUUGCCGCUCACGGAUGUGGUCGCAGACAACUAUUGUCGGGUCAACAACAAGGAGGUGCCCGCGAAGGAGCGCUACCUCCAGGCCCGCGAUGCCAACCAAGUGGUCAAAGAAGCCGUCGCUAUGGUGGGCUCUACUGUCGACUAUAAUUUAUUGACCCGUAAUGUCGAGUGCUAUUUGACUGAAUGGAAGUACGGCCAGCCCUGGAGUGAUCAGGCAAACGUAGCGCUCUCUGCGAUACAGGCGCUGAGGAGAGAGCACAAGGACUCGACGUCCGACGGCCACAGCUUUAUGGUCAACACAUUGAAUGAGGUGUUGAACAGCCCGGGCGCCAACGCCAGCCCCUCGUCGCCCGGCCUCAUACGAGCCAACUCUAUCAGUCAGUCAUUCACGUCGGCCGCCUGUCAGACGGAGACCACUCAUGUAAUCUAAUUGUCAAACAAAACUACAUUUAAAUUUUUGUUUUGAUUCUUUGCAAUCAAAUUCUGCUUUUUAGACAUUCAAUGGCAUAAAGAGUUUGAAUUUUAUGGAAACUCUUGGAAAUUGUCGUCUAAAAUAACUGUUACCUCAUUAUAAUGAAUGCCAUUUCAUUAUUUAGUAUUCCUAUUCAUUUCUCUCUACUCCAGUAAUCUUGAAAAAUACAAAUGUAAUGUAUAGUGAAAAUAGCGUUUCAAUACUAUUAUAUUUAGUCGACGACUAUUUUUCACACUCUCUAUCACUCACUCUCUUUCUCUCUCACAUACAUAACAAUUCUCGUCAACAAUAUUGAGCUUAUAUUUUAAGUGAAGGUUUAGUACUGUUUGUGAAUUACAUAUACUCUUAUUAUUAUUAUUACAAACAAUUAAUUAUAUAUUCCCCUAUAUUCUGUUGCCAUGAUUUGAGCUUUUUUUCUGUACCCAAUUUUUUGGUACAUUUUAAAAAUAAUUCUUGAAAUUAUUUUAUCAUUUAUUAAUUUAAAAGUCUUUUUUAAUAUAAAACUUAAGGCAAAUGUUGUGCACAACUUCUACUCAUUAUUAAUAUUAGUCAAUUCAUUACGAGUUUUAUAUGAAAUAUGUGCACAUUUAUGUCAAUUACUAUUAUUGCAUAUUACAUAUGAUAAAUUUAGUUGCUAUGAACUGCAUCUUUCCCUCCCUUCCCCUCUCACUCUCGUCUCCCUUUCCCUCCCCUAUAAUCAUAUGUAUUGUGUGUGUAUUUUAAGCACACAUUUUUUGAUUGAUUUGCGAAUUAAAAGAGUUAACGAUUAAACAUUUUUAGGUGUUUUUUAUUUUGUUUCACUCGAAGCAUAUUUUUCUAAUUAUCAAAACUCAUGUAUUUAUAGUUUACUAGAUUUGUAGUAUGUUUUUGAC